AUGUCGGUGGCUUUCUUGGCCGACAAGACUCAAUCCGAUAUCUCGAUCAAGGACUUGCACAACGCUGCUGCAAAACUCGGCUUAGAGAUUCCAGAUGGCCCAGAUGCCGAAGACUAUUUGCAUCUGCUUCAAUCGGUAGAGGCCGUCAUGAAACAAAUCCGAUGCAGCGAAGAUUACAUUCAUCCAUCCCUAUCACCUGUAGAAACUGUCGCUUUACGCACCUAUUGGGAGCCCCGGGCCGAAGAUAAUUCGUUGAAUGCCUGGAGACAUCGAUGUGAGCUGGUGGCGGCAAGUCCGACAAGCACCGCACUGCGCGGCAAGUCCAUCGCGAUCAAGGACAACAUCUGCAUCGGCGGAUUGCCAACGACUGUUGGAACCUUUACCGAGUUGCUAUGUCCGGACGGUCAUCUUCGGGUUUCCCCCAUUGAUGCGACCGUAGUCUCGAGAGUCCUUGCAGCGGGUGCAACGCUCAAAGGAUCCGCCAAUUGUGAGAAUUAUUGCGCAUCUCCUCUGUCAUAUAGCGCUGCCACAGGCCCCGUCCAUAAUGCCUGGAAGAAAGGAUAUACUUCGGGUGGAAGUAGUAGUGGCAGUGCGACGCUUGUUGCCACCUCGAUGAUACAGCUUAGGGAUGGCACAUCCUCCGAAGAAGCAGUGGAUAUCGCAAUAGGCGGCGAUCAAGCUGGGUCAGUGAGGAUACCGGCAUCGUAUAGCGGGAUUUACGGAUUGAAGCCCACCUACGGACUGGUUCCUUAUACUGGAGCGGUGCCCCUGGCUCCAAUGCUCGAUCAUUUGGGUCCCCUCGCUGGCAACCUGGAGGACGUGGCACUUCUGCUCCAAGUGAUGGCGGGCUAUGAUGGGAUUGAUCCACGAAUGACUCCAGAGUCUCCACUUCGAUACCAAGUGCCGGAAUACGCGCAGAUUUUAUCGGAUUUUAGAACCUGCCAACGAGAUGGGAGGGAAAAUCUGGGCUCUGGGUUGACGAUUGGCUUGCUCACCGAGUCUUUCGAUGUUCCAGGGGUCUCAGAUGAAGUCCGUGAUACCGUCCUGCGAUCGGCCAACGACUUUUUUGCGGCUGCUGGAGCUAAGGUAGUGGACAUAUCGAUUCCGAUGCACCGCGACGGAAGUCUCAUUUGGACUGCUGCCACCAGACUGUCAAUGUCCGAAUGGGUAUGCCAAGGCAAGACGUCGGGCUUCCUGUCCUUUUUGCCGCCUCACCUCGACGCACGAUGGCCCCCGGAUCAGAGGAUGUACGAGCUGCUGACCGCAACCAACCCGGCAAUCGUGAAUGUGAUGCUUAGUGGGCCAUUUCUUCAAGAACAUUUCGGUCCCGGCAUCGAGGCCAAGGCACAUCGCAAGGCAUUUGAACUCAGGGCGGCUUAUGAUAAGGCUUUUGCGAAAGUCGACAUCCUCGUCACGCCGUGUGCGCCGACAGUGGCCAUGCCACACCCCAAAAUGCAAGCCGAUACCGAGGAGCCAUCGAGUGUCAUGGAGAAGCUAUCUGUGGCCGUCGGGGUCACCACCAACACGGCGCCAUUCAACGUCACGGGCCAUCCAGCCCUAAAUGUUCCUUGCGGAUUCGGUCGAGCACUAAAUCAGCCAGAGGUAAAAUUACCGAUUGGUAUGCAGCUCAUCGGCAGGCGGUGGGAAGAUGCAACCCUGCUCAAAGCAGCAGCCGUUUUUGAAGAAGGACGGACACUGGCAUCGUGUGGAUGGUAG